GGCGCGGGGCGCAGCGGCGGGACCUGAGCGGAAGGUGAGUGCACGCUGCCAUCGUCCGGCGCGCAACUUCGAGGGCGCACUGUGGGAGAGGCGGCAUGCCGACCUUGGACAAGCAGAACCUGCUGGAGAGCACGAGCGGAGCCCGGUCAUACUUUGGAUCUCUGUGGAAGAGUGAGGCUGGCAGGGCCCCUCCUGUGAACCUGCCUGCUGUUGAGCUGACCAUCCAGAGCAACCAUUAUUGCCAUGCCCAGAAAGAUGCUGGUAGUCACCCUGACUCCAAGAAGCAGAUGGCCCGGCGCAAGCUCUACGUGGCCUCAGCCAUCUGCCUGGUGUUCAUGAUUGGAGAAAUCAUUGGUGGAUACCUGGCACACAGCCUGGCCAUUAUGACGGAUGCCGCCCACCUGCUCACGGAUUUUGCCAGCAUGCUCAUUAGUCUCUUCUCCCUCUGGGUGUCUUCCCGACCGGCCACCAAGACCAUGAACUUUGGCUGGCAGCGAGCUGAGAUCCUCGGAGCCUUGGUGUCUGUGCUGUCCAUCUGGGUGGUAACUGGGGUGCUGGUGUACCUGGCUGUGCAGCGCCUGAUUUCUGGAGAUUAUGAGAUCAAAGGGGGCACCAUGUUAAUCACGUCAGCCUGCGCUGUGGCUGUGAACAUCAUAAUGGGGUUGGCCCUUCAUCAGUCUGGACAUGGGCACAGCCAUGGACAUGGGCAAAGCCAUGAACAUGGGCACAGCCAUGGUAACCAAAGCCAUGAAGACAGCCAACAGCAGCAGGAGAACCCCAGUGUCCGAGCAGCCUUCAUCCAUGUGAUUGGGGACCUUCUGCAGAGUGUGGGUGUCCUGGUGGCUGCCUACAUUAUAUACUUCAAGCCUGAGUACAAGUAUGUGGACCCCAUCUGCACCUUCCUCUUCUCCAUCCUGGUCUUGGGGACAACGUUAACCAUCUUGAGAGAUGUGAUCUUGGUUCUCAUGGAAGGAACUCCCAAAGGUGUGGACUUCACAGCCGUGAAGAAUCUCCUGCUGUCCGUGGAUGGGGUGGAGGCCUUGCACAGCCUGCAUAUCUGGGCGCUGACAGUGGCCCAGCCGGUGCUGUCUGUCCACAUAGCUAUCGCUCAGAAUGCCGACGCCCAGGCUGUGCUGAAGGUGGCUAGGGACCGCCUCCAGGGGAGGUUCAACUUCCACAUCAUGACCAUCCAGAUUGAGAGCUACUCUGAAGAGAUGAAGGACUGCCAGGAGUGCCAGGGCCCCUCAGAUUGACUAUCUGGUCAGACACCAUCCGAGGCAUGGCCAGGACGCAUGGCAAUGCAUUGAGUGUCCAGCCAGGACCCAGGUUCAAGGCAUAGCCUGCCUUGGUCCAUGCCAGUGGGACUCUCGUUGACCUCCUAUGAGCCCACAGGAGGCCCCGGAGGCAGAUGAGGAUGUCCUUCUCCAGGACUGUGUUUGGGUUGGAUCUUCAGCUGGUGUCCUUCCUAAUGCCCCAGCUGGAAAGGCACAGAGGCACGGAAGGGGACUCUGGGGUGUCCUAUACAUGUCCAGACACCUGACUGGGCAGGCAGGCUCCCUUUUGUAGGGGUCAGUCUCUUUGAUAAAAGAAUUUUGAAACAGACUCAGAAAGAUACUUUGAAGACCAUUUUAUUAGAUUGUGGGAGGAAACACACACAAGCCAGGCAAGCUGUACAUCUCAGUAGGUGCUGCGAGGAGGUAGGGAGAAGGGAGAAAGAAAGCCAUGCCUUUGAGUUAGGGUCAUCUGUGAAGUUCUGGAAACAGCUGAAUGGCUGUAAUGGGGGGUGUGUGUGCAUGCGUGUUAACAAAACACUGAGAAAGCUCGGCGUGUUGGGGGCAAGCGGACUUAGGGUUUUGGUCAGUUUGGGGAGAUCACUCUGGGUAGAGGCCUGCCACAGAGACAGGAAUGGCACCUGGGUUUGGAUGCUAUGCACCUUGGACUUAGUGGGAGGUGGAAAUAGGGUCCCUGGGGCUAACCAACCAGCUAGUCUAACCACAUCUUUGCAAUCUAGGUUCAGUGAGAGACCGUACCUCAAAAAAGAAGUUGGAGAGCAACAGAGGAUGCAGCGUACACGAACACACACACACACACACACACACACACAGAGAUUGAAAGAAGAGAUAAAGGGGGAAAGCAGAAAUCAUGCUUUUGAAUUAGAAUUUGGGGAAACAGUCUAACUUAGCAGUUAGGUCUCUUAGCAGAGAGCCAGAAGUACCUUAAUUAGGGGAGAAUCGUGCCUUCCGCUCCUUGGGACGUGUCUGGGUACCGUCGGGCCCAACUGAAUGAACUCUACAGAGAGCGUGUGUGGCAGUCAGAGGACAACUUGGGGUUCUCAGCACUUCAUUGUGAGUUCCUGGAAUCAAUGACAGCUUGUCAGACCUGAGCCACCCUUGAGGGAGGGGACAGUGGUAUGGAAUGUUCUGAUCUUUGGAGCAGGUUAGAAUGUUCCAUCUUUCACCCUGGGCCAGGGGUAGAACUUAGCUUCCAUUCUUCUGACCAGUAUGAAUUGCUUCUAGGAGACUGGCCUCAAGGAUCCCAGCCCCCCACUUGCUUGCCUUUCCCCAGUUGGUCCCCCCUGCAGCCCUUGGGAGCCCCUCUGCCCAUAAUGACUUACUGAGGCCACCUCUGAGAGGUGGGGCCAAAGGGCACCUGAGGCUUCUCAGUGUCUUGGCCACUUUGACUGUGGGUCCCAUGUGACUUCCUGGAGGAGGCCUCUUAACUACAGAAGGACCUGGCUGGUUUCUUCCUUCCUGGUACCCCAGCCCAGGAAGCUGUCAGAGGUCACUUCUGACAUAGAAACCUGGAACUUCGGGACACCUCCCCCACGGGCCUGUGAAGACAGCCAAGCCUGCCACAUACCUGGUGGUUGUGUAUGGGUCACUUUGAUCAGUGUCCUGGAAAAGGGACUCCGCAGUUAAAGCUGUUGUCAAGGCCAGACCAGCUUCCCGGUUUCCUGUCUUCACUGCCCUGGCAGGUAAGAGGCUAAGUGUCCGCCUCCACCAAUAGCAUCCCACUUUUAAA